UUUGUAAAUGUCCUGAAUAGUGGGAAGUUCACAUCUACAGAUGUGCUGGGCUGUCCGCACCACUCUCUGCAGAGUCCUGCGACUGAGGGAAGUACAGUUCCCAUACCAGGCAGUGAUGCAGCCAGUCAGUCUUAACCCCUAUAGAAAGUUAUUAGAAUUUGGGGGGCCCGUACCAAACUUCUUCAACCAUCUGAGGUGAAAGAAGGGCUGUUGUGUCUUUUUCACCACACAGCUGAUAUAUACAGACCACGUGAAAUCCUUGGUGAUGUUUAUGCCGAGGAACUUGAAAGCCGUUCACCCUCUCAACCCAGAUCCAUUGAUGUCAAUAGGGGUUAGCAUGUCUCUAUUCCUCCUGUCGUCCACAACCAGCUCCUUUGUUUUUACGACAUUGAGGGAGAGGUGGUUUUCUUGACACCACUAUGUCAGGGUGAUGACUUCCUUUCUGAAGGCUGCCUCAUUAUUAUUUGAGAUUAGGCCAAUCAGUGCAGUGUCAUCAGCAAAUUUAAUUAGAUUGGAGCUGUGGGUGGCGCCACAGUCAUGGGUAUACAGAGAGUAAAGGAAGGGGCUUAGUACACAGCCCUGAGGGGUAGAGGUGAGGGGAGCCCACUCUUACCACCUGCCAGCGAUCUGUCAGGAAGUCCAGGAUCCAGCUACACAAGGCAGGGUGAAAGCUGAGGCAUAGGAGGUGACAGGUGGAAGGGGUAAAGGGCUGAAGGAGGAGGAAUCUGGUAGGAGAGGACAGUGGACAUAACAGAAGGGGAAAGGGCACCAGAGGGAGGCGAUGGGCAGACAAGGAAAAGAGAAAGGGUGAGAGGGGAACAAUAAUGGGGAAUAGGAUAGAGAGAAGGGGAGGACAGAGAAAUUGAUGUCCAUCGGUUGGAGGAUACCCAGAUGGACUAUGAGGUGUUGCGCCUCCAACCUGAGUGUGGCCUCAUCGUGGCAGUAGAGGCGGCCACGGACUGAUUGUUGGAAAGGGAAGUUGAAUUGAAAUGGGUGGCCACCUCAUAUUCUGUCUGAGUAGCCCCCAACCUGAUUCUCCAACUCAAAGUAAUUUCUCACCCCUCCCCUUUCUGGUUCCUCUCUCAUCCCUUCUCUCCUCACCUGCCUAUCACUUUCCUCUGGUGCCCUUCCUCCUUUCCUUUCUUCCAUGAUCCACUGUCCUCUCCUAUCAGACGACUUCUUUCAAACCCUUUACCUCUUUCACCUAUCACCUCUCAACUUCAUUUCCACUUAUCCACCUUCCCCUGACUUGGUUUCACCUAUCACCUGCCAGCUAGUACUUCUUCCCCUCCCCUUCCCUCACCUUCUUAUCUGGCUUCUUCCCUUCCUUUCCAGUUCUGAUGAAGAAUCUGAGCCUGAAACAUCCACUCUUUAAAACUGAAGCACUAUCUAAUUCUAUCACGGCACUGAUCUAAAUCACCAGGCACACUUUUCAUUCUUUAAAUCAAGUGCAAACCCAAUAUAUCUGAAAUCAACUUCAAACACCCAUUUUCUUUCCGUUUCUUUCACAAAGCUUUCCUUUAGGAGUUGUUGUAAUUAUUUCUCCUCUUCCCAAGAAUUUUGUUAUACUUUUGCAAUUCAGAUGAAAAGCAGCAUAAUUGAUACACUUCUCAGAUAAUCUAUUUUAACCUUUUGGUUUUAUUUUUAAGAUUUUUGCGUUCACCUCAUGUAGUUAAAAUGAUUCUUUUUCUGGUCUAUAAUAGUUGAGUACAUUGCUGCAUAAUUUUCUGUUGAAGUGACUAUAGCAGCUUUCAUAAUUUGUUAUUUCAUAUUUAGUCUUCAGUUAUCUUACAUGAUAGUUUGGGGACAAUGAAAACGCUACAGCAAAAAAGUACAAGAAAAUGGGAACAGAAAUAGGCCACAGGCCCCUCAUGACUGAUUGACUUCCCAUCUGUGCCAUAAGACCAUAAUUUUUCAAAUAACCAUAUAACUAUUUAACUUGUCGUAUAAGUCAAAAGGUGGAUCUUAUUCAAUCACAAUGUUGAAUCAAGAUUUAUAUUUUGAAGUCAUGAAAAUUUAAGUAUUUCAGAGAAAAAUGAAUGUGGAAGAGAAAAAUAGCCGUAAAGUGAAAAAGUCCUUUGUUGCAAAACCUUCAGAAGAAAGUAAAAUACUUGAAGAAGAUGAAAAUCAAGAAUGUGACCCUGAAGGGAUUGCUGACUUUGCAAACUACUUCAAUCAACUUGAUUUAUUAGAGACACAUAGACAUCUGAUACCUGUGGGAACACACAGUUUGUGGCAUGGAGAGUCCGAUGAUGAAGAGGAGGAAGCUGAAAAUGAUGCUUAUUUUAAAGUGAAAGAGAAAGAGCUGGAAAAUGACCCAGCAAAUCUAUUACUUUGGGCAUCUGAGAAAAACCAGGUUUCUAUAGUAAGCAGACUUCUCUCAGAAAACCCAGGUCUUGUUAAUGUUAAAGACGAUGACCACUACACACCACUUCAUAGGGCUGCCUACAGCGGUCAUAUUGAGGUGGUUCGGAAGUUGAUAGCUCAAGGAGCAGAUGUGCAUGCUCGUACUAUAGAUGGCUGGACACCAUUGCACAGUGCUUGUAAAUGGAACAAUGCAGAAAUAGCUUCAUUUCUUCUGCAGCAUGAUGCAGAUGUCAAUGCCCAGACUAAUGGUUUACAUACAGCAUUACAUCUUGCUUCAGGAAGUAAAGACACCAAGGAAGUUAUUGAAUUGUUGUUAAUGAAUCACUACAUCAAUUCUGAUCUAAAAAAUAACUUGGGUGAGACAGCCUAUGAUAUUGCUUGUCGAACAAAUAUUCAUUAUUACCUCUUUGAAAUUGCAGAACACUGCACAAAUUCAGUACCUGGGCCAAAAUGACUCACUUUAAAGUACAGUCACCUAAACACAAACCCACGGUCAUUUUUAUUGGGUGGAAAUUAGGUACAUCUCUAAGUUUAAAUUAAUAUUGUAACUGUUACAAUAUCAAUAUGAAAACCAUCAAUUUCCUAUUUACCCAUAAAUUAGUGUUUAGUCAACUUAUUGAAAACGUGUUGCUAUUUUUGGUGAAAAGAUAUAACUUUUUUUGAAGUUAGUGUCUUUUACUCUGUUGUAAUGAGUUGAGUAAAAUAACCCAGCUACUUUCCAUUAGCUGUAAUAUUACUCUGAUCUGAAUCCUUUGCUUCUUCCAUGCUGUAGUAUCAGAUUUUCCAUCUAUGUAGCUUGCAAAAUUCUAAAACGCUAAGGGAGAUGUUAGAGCAUUGAAACAAAAAUCAGUGUGUUACUUACAGUAAGUUGGGAUUUCCAUUGGUAAGGUGAAAAGGAAGUAAUUUUAGUGGAAUGCCUGAGAGAAAUAUUGGAUAUGUGUAUAUAAUAUUACACUGGAGACAAGCAUUUACUGUUGCACUAUUAAUGUUACUGGGACGCUUGCCCUAAAGGUUCCCAGCACAAGGAAAAUGCUGAAAGCUGGUGAUCAAAUUUUAAGCUGGUCACAAAAAUGCCCACAAAUGGAUGUGAUUUUACUCUCCUGCAAGUUAAACCUGUUUGUAAGUGAACAAUGCUUUCUUUCAUCAUUGUGUGAAGGAAUUUCUUGGCCCCAGUAUCUAAUAACAUAAAAGAUGCAGGAGUAGGCCAUUUGGCCCACUGUUACCGCUUUGAUAUGGCUGAGAUUUGCAGUUAAGUGUCUUCAGUUUUGCUGGAGCUAUUGAUGCAUUUGUAAGUUGUUUGCUGCAGACUAGGCACAGUGAAAUAGGGGUUAAUAAAAUAUUUUGAAAAAGGCAUAAUGAAUAAAUAAACAGGAAAACCACAAAAAAUACAAAAACUUCACAAUACAAUAAACUUCUACACAGUCCAACAGCAAAGCGGCAGGCUAGCAGCUGAGUCACAGUGCAUAAAAAUUCCUCCUUUAGAAUGAAAAUUUCACUCCAGUUUUCUACUACACUGGUAGUUUGUUCGCUCCCAUAAGUUGGUCGGCAGCAAGCAAGGGGAAGUUGGGAGGAGUGGGGGGGCUGAUGUCACAGCUCAAGUUGGGCAAGUCCAUUCAAUGCUCAGAAAACGCACUUCAUGCUCCUCGUCAGCCUACCGUCCUCCCCUCCAUGCAAUACGCUGAUCCCUAAUUAUCAAUGGCCUCCCUUCUGUGCAAUACAGCACUCACUAAUUAUCAGCCUACCAUCCUCCCCUCUGCAAUAUAGCACUCACCAAUUAUCGGCCUACCGUCCUCCCCUCUGUGCCAUACAGCGCUCACCAGUUAUCGGCCUACCGUCCUCCCCUCUGUCCCAUACAGCGCUCACCAGUUAUCGGCCUACCGUCCUCCCCUCUGUGCCAUACAGCGCUCACCAGUUAUCGGCCUACCAUCCUCCCCUCUGUGCCAUACAGCGCUCACCAGUUAUCGGCCUACCGUCCUCCCCUCUGUGCCAUACAGCGCUCACCAGUUAUCAACAGCCUCCCCAUUUCACAUCAAAAACUAAGAAUAAGCAUGGUCCUACUGCGCACUGCCAUACUGGACUGAAUGACCACUCAGUCACUGCCCACCACUGCAAGCGUGAAGUUCAAAAAACAAUGUUUUAUUUCUUUUAUCACGAUUUCUCGGGGAAUCCCUAGAGACCUCGCAGAAACCCUGCUAGAUAUCAACUGAUUAUUGGCAUAAAGUUCAUGGCUAUUUUAGUUACUCAUCACCUGGCUAGAGCUGAUCAAUGUUAGAAAAGGUUUGAUGAUCCCGUUAGAAGAUCAGGAAAGUUCUGCUGUUUUCCUACCAGUUAAAAAUAGGUGUUGCUUGAGUUUCUCUAAAUGUCUAGGAAAAUGUGAUGAGUUCCGAGUAUACAUCUCCCCAGUUUUGCAAAGGUUGAAUGAGUCGGUUUGCUGGGAAAGCUCCUGUUCCUUGCUACGUGGUCAUCAGGUAGUUUUCCUGCUCUCUGGACGUUGUUCAUCCCUAGAUGUGGAAUAAAAUUAUGGAAGCAAAAAUGGCCCAAAAUUUCCAGUACCAAAGACCUAUGUCUGAGUAAAAAUAGUGGUCUCGUACAGAGAACAUUUCUUUGAACAAAAUCAAGAUUAAGCCACUUGGAACGGCACAAUAGAAAACUUUGUAUUGUCCAAAUACCUGAAUCAUGGACUUGUUGAAACUACUGAUGGUGCGGAGCAAUGUUCCCUCUAAUUUUUUUUACAGUUGCACAGACCAACCAUUGCUCUAAGCAGGAACUUAUUACAUGGCCUGAAAAAUAUGCGGCACUUGGAAUGUUUUUUUCCUGUAAUAUGUGUACUAGGAUUAUUUAGAAUGAAAAUCUAUAUAUUAUGUACUUCUAUUUAUUAAUUGAAGGGUAUAAUGAAAUACAGUACAAAGAAAAUCUCAUUUUUCAUAAACUUAAACUUAGAUGGCAUCUCCGUUCAGCGGGCCGGCAGUUUGUCAACAAUGAGCUAUCGAAUUCUAUUCUAUGUUUAUUGUUACAAUUUGUAAUAUUGUUGUAACUUGAAACCCUGACAAUAUAAAUACUCUGAAAAGUAAAGGUUUUGGU